AGACUUUUUUUUUCCUUUAUUUUCUCGAGAAUAAUUUCCGCCGCUUGUCUACACUUUUCUCUUGACAUUUUCAUAUCUAGUUACAAGACCAGAGGCAAUUCGAACAAUCCGCGACAAUGGUUGAGAAGGUUUACGUCACGUACAACCAGGUUCACAAGCUCUGCCAAGAGGCAGCUGACAAGAUCCUCAAUGAGUUCCAGCCCAAUCUCAUGAUCGCUAUUGGCGGUGGAGGCUAUGUCCCCGCGCGCAUUCUGCGAUCUUUCCUCAAGAAGCCUGAUAGCCCCAACAUUCCCAUCCAAGCUAUCGGUCUCUCCCUCUACGAGCAGCUUGGCUCAGGCCCUGACUCCGAAGUCGAAACCCCCGGCACAAAAGUAACACGCACACAAUGGCUUGACCUGUCCUCACUCGAGAUGGCCAACCUGAUUGGCAAGAACGUCCUCAUUGUCGAUGAGGUAGACGACACCCGCACAACGCUCGAGUACGCUGUCAGGGAGCUGGAAAAGGACGUUGAGGCGGCCGUCAAGAAGCUGGGACGCGAGGGCGAGAAGACCAAAUUCUCCAUCUUUGUUCUACACAACAAGGACAAGGCGAAGAAGGGUCAACUGCCCCAAGAGAUUCUCCAGGGCCGUUACAUCGCCGCCAGGACUGUGGGCGAUGUUUGGAUCAACUACCCUUGGGAAGCUACCGACAUUGACGAGCACGACCGCCACUCCAAGGAGGCAGAGUCCAAGUAAUAGACGACGGAGCCAUUCAGUGCACGCUUCAGCGAAUAGAUAUACCCGGACUGACGCGGACGUAGGGGGUGGACAUGGCAAGGAAAGAAAAAGCAUAAAUGAUUUGGCAUCGGGGCACUAACGUGCAGGGACAUAUAUUGGAGUUGAAGGGAAACGGCGAUAUUUAAAGCCAUUUAAGGACUAGCCUUAUGAAUGAGGUAC